UUCUUUGUUCUUUCCAAAUCAUCCAAAUCUCAUUGAGCAAUUGAGCUUCACCUUUUCCUAUUUUCUCAAGUGUAUUUCACACUUAUUCCCCUGUUAUACUCUCACCUAAAUUAUGCCAUGAAUUGAGAGUGGAAAAUAAUUGAAGCGUUACAUAUGGUGACAUGAUAUCAAAGUAUAGUUUUGCCUUCAUUUUUGAAACCUUACGCGUGAGUAUAAUAACAAGAUGGGUGUCUGAAAGCCCAUUUGUUGGAUCUUGAGAACAACAGUGUAGACUUGUUCUGGUUGUUAUAAGAAAAGGUUGUCCAAACAUUGUGGUUGUUGCUGUCCUAAACAACGAAUUAACUGUCACAAACAAACAUGUCCCCAGCAACCACGUUUUCAGACGUUGGUGGUGAUGGUGGCAACAUUGAACUUCGUGCUACUGCUACCUUGCUCCACACCCGUAUAUGGCCCAGAACUAGAAGAUUAUUCAUAAUCAUACGAUUCCUCAUUUCUGUGAAGAAGCCGACAACUUCUAGAACCUCCCCGUCCGAAUCUUAUGUUGCAGUUGACAUAGAAGAAGAAAAAGAAGAAGAAAAAGAAGAAGAGCGCAUUAUCAGUGAUAUUGCUCGAAUUGUGAAGGAGAAGGACUUCAAAUCGCUUCAUGAGCAUGGUGGGGUUGACCACGUUGCCAAUGUCCUUGCUAGUAUACGACUUCAACCCUCUGAGGUGGACAUUAAUGGUGUGCAUGCCACUAUACCAUUACCAGUUCUUGGAACAAACUUCUCUAGCUUUUUAUUGACCAGCUGCAAAUGCUACUGUUUCACAAUUCUGAUGCUGUUGAUCUCAGCUGGGUUGUCAUUUGCCAUAGGGUUCAAGCAGGAGGGACCUAAACAAGGUUGGCAUGAUGGUGUUGCCAUAGUUUCUGCCAUUUUGCUACUGGUUGUAGGAAGUUCAUUGGCAAACAUUUGGCGUGAGAGAAAAAAGUUGAAAUUGGCAAAGAGAAAGGAUGAGUUGGAGUUCAUACGUAAAAAAAGUGAUAAGUACCUAAUGGGUGACAUAGUGCUCCUGUGGCCAGGCGAUAAGGUUCCAGCAGAUGGUUUGCUUGUAAAUGGCAUCCUUGUGCUGGCUGGGCCUGAUGACCCAAUACAAAGCAAACAUGACCCUAAUGGGAACCCGUUUCUUAUCUCUGGUGCAAAUGUGAUUGGGGGUCAGGGAAAGAUGGUGGUAGCAUCAAUUGAAAACAAAACCAAUUUGGCUGAGAUUGAUACUUUUAAUACUGAAGAGUGUAAGAGGGGCUUGUUGGAGCGUCUAAUUGAGAAACCAAUUUCUUACAUUGACAUGGCUGCUCUUUUUAUCUCUGUACUGGUUGCAUUUGUGGUGUUAAUUCGCCUAAUUUUUGGAAAAGAUGGGAACAAUAGUGGGUUGCCAGAAAUGAAGGGGAAGAUCUCAAUUAGCUUGUUGAUGGAAGCCUUUCAGACAGUUUUUUUGAGACCACAAGGAAGGGUUUCCAUUUUAACAGGCCUUGUUACUGUUGCUAUACUAUGUGUGCAGCAUGGAAUGCCACUUGUGGUUACAAUAUCUCUCAAGUGCCAAAUUGAUAAGGUAGAGCAAAACCAAGAUGCAGUUCUUAAUGAUUUAUCAGCUUGUACUACAAUGGGGCUGGUAACUGUUGUAUGUAUUGAUGUAUCAGGUGGGUUGGUAUCUAAACCAAUGGAGGUUAGCAGAAUAUGGAUGGGGGAGAAAGAUAUCAGCAAGGUUGAGGAAUCAGAAAAAGAUCAACUUGUGCUUCACUUGCUUAAACAAGGAGUUGGUUUGUCAGUCCUUGCACCAGAGAUUUCUCUUUCCCCUUUGUACUAUUCACUUUUUUCUUGGGCAGAAACAACAUUGGAAAUGAAAAUGAGAUCCUUCACAGAAGAAAAUUUUGACAUUCUUGAGCUCAGCAAACUGAAUUCUAGUAAAGAAGGCUGUGGAGUUUUGGCGAGAAAAGUUGGGGACAAUGAACGAGAUCUGCACUUGCACUGGAGUGGGGCUGCAUCCACAAUUUUGGAGAUGUGUUCACUAUACUAUGAUAGUGCAGGGGAACGCCAUGCCAUGGAAAAUCAGAAGAUCAAAUUUGAGAAGGUGAUUAAAGAGAUGGAGGACAGUGACCUUGAGCCAAUUGCUUUUGCUUAUAAGCAAACACACGAAGAAGAACUUGAGCAAGAAGAACUGAUCUUGUUAGGAAUGAUAGGUCUCAAAUACACUAUUCCCACAAAAUCAGCUUUGGAAAAUCUCAGAAAUGCUGGAAAUACACAGAUCAAACUGGUCUCAGAGGAUGACAUCAUGAAAGUGAUAGGCAUAGCUCGUGAACUAGGACUAGAUCAUGAUAAUCUGCUUGAAGGAAAAGAUCUUCAAGAUUUGAAUAAGAAAGCUAGAAUAGACAGAGUGGAUGGAGCACAUGUAAUGGGAAGCUUCAGUCCUAAAGAUAAACUUCUCAUGGUACAGUGCUUGCAAGAGAAAGGUAAGGUGGUUGCAUUCAUUGGAACAAGGUUCAUGACUAGUCAUGCUUCAAUUCUAAAGGUAGCUGACGUGGGUAUAGUUCAUGAUUCUCUGAGCACCAUAGUGGAUAGAGAUAGUUAUGACAUAUCUAUAAAAUGUUUCAGUGCAUUGAAACCAAUUUUGGUGGCUGGCAGAAGUCAAUACCACAAUAUUCAGAAGUUCAUUCAACUUCAGAUGACAUUUACCAUAUCAGGGCUAGUCAUAACUUUGAUUACAACAAUAUGCACUGGAGAUUCCCCCCUUGCAGCAUUCCAGUUGAUUUGGGUGAAUGUUUGGAUGUGCAUGUUGGGUGGCCUAAUGAUGGUAAUGAUGUUAACUAGCCAAGAACAGCUUGCCAAUCAACCAUCUGAUCAUAGGAACCAACCGAUCAUAACCAAAAAAAUCUGGAAAAAAAUUGCUUUUCAGGUUUUAUACCAGGCUUCUGUUUCUAUGAUUCUUGAGUUUUGUGGACAUGUUACCGACAAGGAAAGAAAAGUAAGGGAAGCCAUGAUCUUCAACACAUUCCUACUGUGCCAGCUCUCCAAUCUGCUCAACACCAUGCAGUUGUUGAAAAAGGAAGUUUUUAAGGUGGUUAUUCAUAGUUUCUGUUUCUUGGGGGCUUUCGGUGGUUGUAUUCUUAUGCAAGUGCUAGUGAUUGAGUAUGCCAAAGGCUUAGCAGAUUGCAUGCAGCUGAAUGCUACGAGAUGGGGUAUCUGUGUCUUCAUUGCUGCUCUUUCAUGGAUAUUGGAAUGGACCAUGAAGAACAGUCGUGGUCCCAGCAAUUAUGGUUCAGAAUCAAUUACUUCACCUUCGUUCUAUCUUUCUCCAGCUUUUCCAUUUCUGAUGUUUCUUGUGUUCCCUUUAGGACUAAUUUUUAGUCAAAUAGGCACCAACAUAAUAAUUCGUUAGUGUCAGACAGAUUUACUUGACACCCAAAAAUUCUUUACUUGUUGUAUAAUGGUGUUUAUUCUGCAUUUGUUACUUCUCAGAACUUAGUAGUCUUACAUAAUUUAGUUUGGAUGACUCUUGUUAGUUUCCAAAAUAAUUGGUACUCAAUAUAUUUCAGUUUCUAAAA